UCUCCAGCAGCAGCCAGCAGCGCACUCACCAGCCGCGACCCAACGUUGCGCCAUGGCCUUCAGAGCACUGUUGGUGCUCCUGCUCGCGUCGGUAGUCCUGCACGAGGGAGACGCCGGAGGAUUCGGCGGGGGCGGAGGAGGCGGCUAUGGCGGCGGCGGCUACGGAGGAGGAGGGGGCGGAAAGAAGUACAUUCUUCAUGUUCCCAUCAAAGUAAAGACGAUACAUAAAUACAACACUAUCUACAAACACAUCAAGAAAGGCAGUGGAGGAUAUGGAGGAGGUGGAGGAUAUGGAGGAGGCGGAUACGGAGGAGGUGGAGGAUAUGGAGGAGGGGGAGGAUACGGAGGUGGCCACGGAGGAGGAAUAGCCAUAGUGGGUGGAAUAGGGGGUGGUCAUGGCGGAGGAAUAGGCGGAGGCCAUGGUGGCGGAGGAUACGGAGGUGGCGGAGGAUACGGAGGCGGCCACGACGUAGGAGGCGGCUACGGAGGAGGCGGCGGCGGAUUCAGCAGUCACGGAGGAGACAUCGGGGGUGGAUACGGCGGAGGCGGUGGCGGCGGCUUCAGCAGCCACGGAGGCGACAUCGGAGGCGGAUACGGAGAUGGUGGCGGUUUCAGCAGCCACGGUGGAGACAUCGGAGGAGGUUACGGCGGAGGCGACAUCGGAGGUGGAUACGGAGGCGGCGGCGGUUACGGCGGAGGUGGCGGCUUCAGCAGCCACGGAGGAGACAUCGGAGGUGGUUAUGGAGGCGGUCACCACGGCCACCACAAGAAGUGAGGCUCCAGUUUUCUGCAGUGACGUCACGCUGCAGUCUUCUCUCUCAGGGUGCGCCGGGCUGUGCGCCCAAAUUGCGGUCCUCGCAGGAACCGCUCCGAGCCAGUAACCACGGCUAUCAGCCAGUAAGCACGGCUACCAGCCGUAACCGAGGCCACGAAGGCGAGGAAGGAAUCGCUGUGGCCACUUCCUAGUCCCGGCAGCAGAUGCUGCCACUUCAACGUUGUGUUGUCAUUGUUACGUUAU